GUUCGAGGAGAGAGGAUCUGUGUCAUUGUGUUUUGUGUUGUGUACCUGUGUCGUGUGGAUUCACUUAUAGUGUUUGCCUGGAUUACUUACCCGAAUGUUCUUCGUUAAUUGUGUCUGAUGCUAUGAUGACUGCCGACCCCCAGCGCCAAGGCCGCCGCCAUUGCGACUAUCCGGGGAGACGACUCUAGUCUGGGACCAUGGACACUCUGUUGCGAGGGGACGAGAGGGCUGCCGGGGUUAUUUCCGGAUCAGACCCCUACAGAGAGUUGGAGCUCUACCUCGAGAAAGUCAGCGAAGAAAUCGGGGAAGUAUUCGACCGUUGGAAGUCCCCUGUGAUCCAGAGCGCCGGAAUCCCGCCACUUCCACCACCGCGAUCCAACAAGAAACCGGCCGGCCAGAAUUCUCUGCAAAAUGGAAAGAAACCGUACCAGAAGUCCUACCAGCAGUUAAUUCGAACCAACUCUCUUCCCAGUCCAAAAAGAAGAAACGGUGAUCUUGACAAAACUCUAAAUGCGUGGUCCGAAGGACUUUUGGCAGAGUUCAACACUAUAAUCGCUAAUGAGUUGACAUCACUCCUAGCCGCAGAGCCAGCGGACGAUGAAAUCUUCGUGUCCUCCGACGACGAGAGUAACAUGAUCCGCUACCGGGUUUCUAGGUCAAAGUCGGUAGGGGACCAGGAUCCUCCCCCGUCACCGGCCACCUCCCCCUCCACCUCUGACACGUCCUCAGGCAGCACGGGGUCCGGACGCCCCCAUCGCCCCAUCAGCCGCGUGCUGCGCCGCCAGCCCCGUACUCUGACCGCCCGCGACAAGAGUACCCCCGUACUACUGCGUGUGAAGGCACUCCCUGAGCCCGACCUGCUGCCCUCCAGUAUUCCAGGGGUCCAGACUCUCGACGAGGGAAUUAGCUCUAGCAACAACGAAGAUUCGCCUGAAAAACAGUUGCCAGAAUCUACUCUAGACAGCCUGCUAAGUCGCCUGGAGCCGUGCCCCGAGACCCCACAGGAUGUCUGCACCCAAACAUCUCCGGCAGUGUCUAGGUGCUCCAGCCUCACGUGGCUGUCCGACUGCUCUUCCUCUCUACCCCGCCACUCUCCGGAGUCAGAGAUGGACGACAGAUCAACCAGCUCGGCGGACUCCUCAACAGCCAGGGACGAACCUGAAUCUGGUAUCGGGACAGCGUCCCCGCCAAAUCCUCGUCAUGCAAAACCUCCCGCACAGAAGUGUCGACGGAAGGAGACGUGGGAGCGACUGAGGCGGCGACAAUCCAUGAGUUCCCGGGCGCAGACCCUGGCGACCAAGAGCGACCCCUGGGUACGGCGGGACAGCUUCAAGACCUCUCCCGGGAGUCUUCUGGAGUCUUCCAGUGACCCGGACUUAACUCUUCCUCGACCCCGCGCCGUGAGGCCCAACUGUCUUCCACUUCCCCUUCAAACUUUUCACAGCCCUGCCACUUCAACUGAGGCCCUUCCCUCACCUUCGGCCUCCUUACAGCUGUCUCCCACCCCCCUGGUCGCCGAGCUGGGCAACAAGUCGUCGUCCGCCCCCAUCCUCACUAAGCAGCUCCCGGUUCCCGGUACCCCUAAGGCUGACGAGUCCAAGAAACGAGUGCUGAAGCAGCCCCGAUCCCAGUCAGAGCGACAUCUAACCGAAAUCGAGGCUGCUGAAGCUUGCAAGUGGCUACGAGCAGCGGGAUUCCCCCAGUAUGCGCAGAUGUAUGAAGAUCUCCAAUUUCCCAUCGACGUGAGCGGGGUGCAGAAGGACCAUCCCUUCCUGGAGCCGGACUCCCUGCAGUCGCUGUUCCGCCGGCUUCACACUCUCAACCGUUGCGCCAACAUGAAAGUCGACAGCGUGCCCAAGAGCACGGCGGAUGACUCAGAUGACGAUGAUCAGUGUGCUCUCAGUGAGAACUGGACGUUCCAACCGGAGUCGAGACGCUGGUCCCGGGUCUGUGACGUGGCAGCGCAGAGGCUGCUUGUACCCAAUUCCACCCAGCAGCAACCCUCACCUAGUGGAGAAGUGGUGAUUAGGUACGGAAGUCUGCCCCCCGGAGCACUGACUACUGACAGUGAACUAUUGGCUGCACGGUUCCGGCGGUCAGGCAGUGAACGGCUGCGGGACGGUGCUAAAGCGUUCCUCAGGAGGGUUGAAAGUCUAAAGUCACGGAGAAGAAAACGUCAGCAUCGGGAAGGAGUUAUCAUUUCUGGACCACAGGUACUGGACGUGGCAUCGAUGCAGCAACGAAUGAGAGAGCUGAACUGUGUGGAUGUCUCACCUCCUGAAUCUCCUUCAGUUCACUCGGGGGAUGAGAACCGCUCCAUGCGUCGUCUGUUGGCCCGACCUGACUGUGACUCUGGGGCUCUCUCUGACUCCGAGCUCAGCUGGAGACAACACUACCUCAAGGAUGCCAACAGCAAUCAUACCAAAGUGUUGGAGCUUGUGGAGGUGGGCAGUAAGGGAGCCGGAGGAAGCCGGGAGAGAGUCAGCCAACCAGCCUCGAGAAGUGGUAGUCUCAACAUGGGCUACAGUAGUCAGCAUUAUCGGGAGAAACUGCAGAAGAGAUCAGAAGCUCGAGCAGUCCGUGAUGGAGAGACUGAGAGUGCCGAGUCCAGCAGUGCUGUGGCAGACAGUGACACAGAACUGACGCCUAAACACAAGAGUGUGGUUCGGUGGCACAGUUUCCAGAGAGGUUCGGUGCGGCCAGACUCACUAGCUGGGAGGUCCAUCAGCUCCAUGUCUUGUGGCCAGAUGUUGGUGCUACGCAAGCUGGCUCUCCUGAAACUGACUGCAAUAAUGGAACGAUACUGUCCCACGCAUCGUACCGGCUGGAAUUGGGAACUUCCAAAGUUUAUAAGAAAAAUCAAAACGCCAGAUUAUAAAGAUAAAACUGUUUUCGGAGUUCCUUUGGUGGUGUCAUUACAAAGGAGUGGUCAAGCAUUACCAGUUUGUAUCCAAGCAGCUCUUUCGUGGCUGAGGACGCAAGCUGUAGAUCAGGUUGGUUUGUUCCGCAAACCUGGCGUCCGUUCUCGAAUACAGCGACUCAAGACCCUCGCUGAAACACAUUCCGAGGACCUCACGUUUGAAGGUCAGCAAGCCUAUGAUGUAGCCGACAUGGUGAAGCAAUACUUCAGGGAGCUACCUGAGGUCUUACUCACCAACAAGUUGUCAGAAACAUUCGUCGCUAUAUUUCAACACGUGCCUGUGAACCUGCGAACGGAAGCGGUCCAAUGUGCGUUGCUAUUGCUACCGGAUGAACACAGAGAAGCUCUCUUCAUGUUGCUGGACUUCCUGUACCAAGUUUCAACUCACUCCAGCACCAACCAGAUGACAGCCAGUAAUUUAGCAGUCUGUCUGGCACCAUCACUCUUUCACUGGCAGCCUGCACCGACCCGAUCCUCCUCGGUGUCACCACGCCGUCGCAACAAGAGCACCGGUGUACCAGAUGCCAAAGAGUUGGGUCAGAACAAGGCAGCUCAUGAUUGCUUGCUUACCUUGAUAAAACAGCAUCGUGAAUUAUACACGCUGGGAGAAGAGAUUCUUGCACAGUGCCACUUCAGCUACAUGGAGGAGAGUGUACCAGUGGCUCUAGAGGAGUUAGGUGCAGAGUUGCAACAAGACUGGAGGGGUUACCUGUAUGCUUGCACUACAGCCCUGCUCAAGGAGGCCAGGGAGAAGAGCCGAGGAUGGGUCAGCCUGAACAGUUGGAAUGAGGUGGAGAUGGCCUACAAGAAGGUGGGUGAUGGACACCCACUCAGGCUGUGGAAAGUCAGCACAGAGGUCGAAGCCCCUCCCACAGAGCUGCUGCACCGUGUGUUGAGGGAGAGACAUCUGUGGGACACGGCUCUACUCAAGUGGAGGGUGGUAGCACGGCUUGAACCGCAGGCAGAAGUAUUUCAGUAUGUCGGCUCGAGUAUGGCUCCCCUCCCAGCUAAAGAUUAUUGUGUUUUAAGAUCGUGGCGUACAGAGCUGGGGAAGGGGGCUUGUGUGAUUGUGGAGACCUCGGUCGAGCACAGCGAUGGACCUUUGCUCGCAGGUGGAGUGCGAGGUAUUGUGUUAGCGUCAAGGUACCUCAUCGAGCCGUGUGGCAGUGGCAAGUCCCGCAUCAUGCACCUCUCCAGGGUGGACACCAAGGGCCGGACACCAGAAUGGUAUAACAAGAGCUAUGGACAUCUGUGUGCCCUUCACUUGGCUAGGAUACGCAGCUCCUUCAAGCACAUGGCCGAGGGACCUGAGAGCAAAGUCUGAUACUCACAACUGCCCGUGCAUUGUACAUAUCCCUCUGUAUAGUACAGGCCAAGGUCUUAUUGUGCAUAUAUUUUUGUAAUAUUCUGUAUACAACCAACCAAGGCAUUUAAUUCAAAUCCUAGUAUAGUUUACUCAAUCAAUCAUAUUUUUAUACAACACAAAUUUGUAAAAUUGUAUGUUAUCAGCAUUUAUUCAUGCACGUUACAAAAAUAAAAAUGUUUCUGGUCAACAUAAGUGUAGUCUUUCAUAUUUAAAACAAUCUGAUAUCUGAGAGUAACAAAUACUAAAGUACUUAGAAACAUCUCAAAUUUAUUUUAAAGACAAUAUAAAAAUAUGUAUUGACAGUAAAAGACUAUGCAUGGUUAUAUUUGUAUAUCAUCCUACAUAAUAUAGUGCAGUGGUCAUAGAUUUUAUAAUUUGUAAUGUAGGAGAAUCUGUCCACUAAAGGUCUUUCUAAUUAUAGGAAAAGAGUGAUCAGACCUUUAUCAAUCAAAAUCGAAUUAUUUAUUAAUUAAUUAUAGAUUUUGUACUUGUAUCGUAUAUUGUUGUGAAAUAAAUAUUAACAAAAAUAGAUCAUACUCUUAACCAUUUUUGUCAGUUUUUCAUUUGUUUCUUUACUACGUAAUAAGAACGCUAAGAACUUCUGUAACAUUUAUUACAAAUACUAAAUUUUUAGUUAUUUUGGAAGUAAUUUGAACAAUAUUAUUACAUCCUUCACUGAUCGAAGCUAUUAGGGGUGUGAGAGUUUCUUAAGAAUAUAAGUAAUGCAAAUUAUUGAAAAUUCAUUUUAAGUAUUAGUAUCAAUGUGAUUACCAAAAGUGAUAUUUAGAUAUUCAGUAUUAUCAGUUGAAAAUCUUAAUCUUUUUUGGAUGUUAAAACUUUAUGUACGAAAACAAUAAAUAAUGCAUGUGACAUACUAGCAGCAUAAAAGAUAUAUUCUAUUCUAUUCUAUAUAUUAAACAUGUUUUUAUGUGAAUUGAAGAUGGGACAUGACAUGACACUGAAUAAAGACACAAAAUGACACAAUAAGAACUAAAAAUAGGGCAAAAAUUGUAUAAAAUAUAAAUUCAACUUGAUAAGACAUAAAUUAAGAUGCAGUGUGGUUCUAAAUUAAAGGAAUCUAUGUCAUAUUGGGAAUGUUAUACAUAAAUUUGUUGUUCCUAUUGUAGAAUUUUAUUCAAAAUUCAGGAUUGAUUGUUUAUUUUAUUUUAAUUUCAGUUUUUUAGUCACAUAAUUUGUACCCAAUUACAUAUUCCUCCAUGCAUUUGGCAUUAUUAUAACGUUUUUAUCGAUUUUGAUACUUUUCUUAUGAAAUUAAUAUUCUUAUAGUUACUGGUACUGUAUGUAAAGAUGCUUUCCAAAGUCUAACUUUUUUAUGUAUAAAUAUUAUAUAUCACUUAAUUUACUUCUCAGCUUUAAAUUCAGUUAGUCCUUAAAGACUGAUUGGAAUCAAAUUUAUUACUCACACACCCUCAAAAAUGAGAAAUUAAUAUCAAUUGAUGAUUAUAACUAGACACACAGUUUUGUAUUUUUCUGAGAUUUUACACAAAAUAAUUUUUAGAUUGUGGGAUUCUAUAUUUCCCCCAUAAUUUUUUGGAAUUCUUCAUUCAGAUUUUAAGCUAUUGUUUCCUUGGAUAGUUAGUAACCUAGGUAGGGAUGAAUAGAGAAAUAGAUAAUUCAGUCUUGUGUUACCAAAGAAGGGACCAACAACUAAUAUAUAAUUAGGGUGUACAAUUUUAUUUAAAGUAAAUAAAUAACUUUGGUGUAAAAAUAUGUAGUAAAUGUAUAUGAAUGUCUACUUUAAAUUUGGAAUAUACAUUGUUAAUUAUUAAUAUAUUUAAUUUGAAAAUUAAAAUUUUUAGAAGACUUAAAACAUUGUUAGAGUGAUUUACUUUUAUUGGAGGUGGAUUUAUCAUAAGAAAAAAAAAUAUUUUCUCUUGUAACAUUUUAUACAAAUUAAUACACACAUAUUAGUUACGGGACUGUCAGCAAAGCAAUCAUUUCCUUAUCCUUAAAUGAACAAAAUAUUUAACUGAUUUGCCAUAUCCCAUGGCCAGCACCUUUUAUUGACAUUAUUCCGUUCCCAGUAUAUA